UCGGACGCAAGCGUUCAACUACGUGUGCAUGUCAGCCAGAUUGAGCCUUACUAUACCCAGGCGGACGUAUACCACGCCUAUCACGUCGUGCGGGCGAACGGUAUUCCCGACGAAAACAUAAUACUCUUCUAUUACGACGACAUCGCAAACAGUAAACAAAACCCGACGAAAGGGAUUGUCGUCAACUCACCCAAUGGUACCGAUGUCUAUAAAGGUGUGCCCAAAGACAGGGCCAUAAUAGGCAAAGAUAUUACACCCGAGAGAUUUUUAGCGGUGCUUAAGGGAGAUAAGCAAUCGGCCGGCGAUCUUGUGCUCAAUAGCGGGCCUAACGAUCACGUUUUUAUCUAUUUAAUUGAUCAUGGUUCACCUGGUCUGAUAAUGUUCCCACGUGAUGAGAUGUACGCUGAGGACUUGGUGGGCACACUAAAACAAAUGCACGUGGACAAA